AGAAAUGAUUGAAAAGUCAGUUUGCGUUUGUGAUCACUGGAAUUUGUUGUGUAGUUGUUUAUUAAAAUUAGAUCAAGACUAGAUCGUCUGAGCGUGUGUUAAUUUCGCAAUUAAGUGCGCAAUGGAGAGAGAAGAUAAUGAUCGCCUAGUUUUAUUCAACGAACUAGCAAACUCGUUGAGGGAACGUGUAUUCUUCGCAGCCAGAGAUGGGAUGUCUCUGACUCUUUACGCUUUGCUGUAUGAAAAGAAAACUGAUGAAAUUGAUGACUUAUUAAACAAUGAUGUAUGCAGCGAUGGAGUUAAAUGCACACCCCUCAUCACGGCAGCUAGACAUGGGCGAGAGGGUGCAGUCAGAAUUUUAUUGGAGAAGUUCAGACCACCGGUCUGUUUAGAAACUGAAGGGACAGUUAAGUUUGAUGAAUAUGUAAUCGAGGGAGCGACGGCACUAUGGUGUGCCUCCGGGGCUGGUCACUUGGCUAUCGUGAAGCGUCUGGUCAAAGCCGGUGCGGACGUUAACCACGCGACCAGGACGGUCAGCACUCCACUCCGAGCGGCCUGCUUCGAAGGACGCCUGGACAUAGUCAAGUAUCUGGUCAGACACGGCGCCGACAUUCACAAGGCGAACAAAUACAACAACACUUGCCUGAUGAUCGCUGCCUACAAAGGUUAUUUGGAUGUGGUGCAGUUCUUAUUGGACAGCGGUGCGCGCGUCGACGACCGCGCCUUGUGCGGCGCGACCGCUCUGCAUUUCGCGGCCGAGUGUGGGCACGCCGCGGUCGUCUGUUCGCUUCUCGAUCACGGCGCCAAAAUGCUGACCAAUGAGAACGGUAUGACGCCGCUGCAGUGUGCCGCCGAGCGCGCGCGGGCCUCGGUGGUCGAGAUCCUGGCGGCGAGGCCAGAAGUCACGCGGGCCGAAGCUAUCGAAGCUUACGAGCUUUUGGGCGCUUCCUUCGCCAACGACAAGGAAUAUUACUGUUUGAGGAUGGCUUACCAGUAUUUGCACCGAGCUAUGGCGAUGCGGUACGACCCGCGCUACGGCGAGAUGUUGAAGCGUCCCAGCACGCCGAUACCGGCGUAUGAUAAUUGGAAGGAAACUACGACUUUAGAGGAGGUGGAGCGUCUCCAGGGCGACGCGCACGGGCUGCACAUGGAGGGGCUGACGGUGCGCGAGCGCGUGCUGGGCGCGGCGUGCCCGGACCUGCCGCACCCGAUCGUGUUCCGCGGCGCCGUGUUCGCGGACGAGGCGCGCUUCGACCGCUGCCUCGCGCUGUGGAGGCACGCGCUGCACCUGCGCCAGCAGAACCAGCAGGUGUCAGUCGUAAAGGAUUUGCUCAGAUUUGCUCAAGUGUUCUCGCAGAUGAUUCACAUCGGCAUCGAACUGCCACUUGCACAGGUGUGCUAUGUAUUGGAGGCAUGCGCUGAGGAACUCCGACGAGGCAUGAAGCGUCUCCUGAAGCCGAAUCCUCAGCACGACCCGGACUCCUUAGUUAGUUUGGCUCGCACCGUCCUCUUGCAGGAGGAGUACGACAGCAACGUGAAGACCGCGCUAUACCUGGUCGCGGUGGCCGGCCGCCUGCUCGAGGACUCUGGGAACUGCGAGGGCACGCGCUCGGCGGCCCGGCGCGCCGUAUUCGCGAUGCGCGGCGCCCGCGUGCGCUCGGGGCAGACGCUGCUGCACCUGGCGGCCGACCGGAACACGCCCGUCGACGACUUCCACACCAGCGACGUGUGCCAGUUUCCGUGCGCGCGCACGUCCCGCCUGCUGCUGGACUGCGGCGCGGACGUGGACGCGGCCGACAUGAACCGGCGGACGCCGCUGCACGUCGCCCUCAUCUCCUACCAGCUCACGUCAGGUCGGUCCGAUGACAGAGAACAGUACAACGAAGCGUUCUGCGGCGUCGUGUGCGAACUGUUGUCCCGAGGAGCCCACGUGGACGCCAUGGACCUCGACGGCAUCACGCCAUUAGUCGCUUCCAUAGGAGGUCCGGCUGAGAGUCUGGUGCGUUCGGCCCUAAGGCCUCGUCUGUCCUGCAUAUCGGCUUCGGUGCUCGCCCUACACCGGGUGCGCUACCGACCCUCGCAGGUGCCGCGGGACCUGCACGCCUUCCUCAUCAUGCACGGCGUCCUGCCCGUCAAUUAAAAGACUUGAGAACUUGCACGGAGUUGCCAGCUUCGAUAGUAAAAUUUUCGAUGUUGCCAUAGAAAAAAAUUAAUUUGAUUUUUUUUUUAUAACAAAACUUUUAUUUUCAUUAUUAAAUAUGUAUAUAUAUACAAAUUAGUAUUGUGUUCAAGUUUUGUUUUAUUGUUUAUAUAUAUAUAUGAAUAUGUAACGCUUUGUGCGUGUCCGAAACGUGGCUCAAAUUAUUUUGGUUUAUUAUAAUAUAAUUUUUGUAUUAUAAUAUAAGUAUUUGCUGUUAGAUUUCAUAUCUAAUAGAAGAAAUGUUACGCGUUAGAAAUAUAUCAAUAGAAAGUUAAUAAAUAAGCUCUGAAACUGUAUAUUUCAGAAUCGCAGUAUUUAUCGACUAAAUCGAUUUGUGAUUUCUAUAUAUCGAGGGUUGAAACAAUAUUUUGUUUAAGCGGCAUUUGUGCAAAUCUACACGAGAGCCAUAUAAAGUAUCAAGUAUCAUAAUAAAAAAAAACUUCUUCAACUAUUUGAAUGAAGUAAACUGAAGUUCAAUAAAAAACAUCGACUUGUUGAUGCUAAUAUCAAAUCAAACACACCUUUAAUUACCAAGGUAUAUGUUGCAUAUUAAGCGUAUUAUCGCUUAAAACAAAUAUCCAUUUCACCCGUCGAUACAUAAUAGACUUACUGUUACAUGAAAGUAUCAUUUGGUAUUAAGAGAACCUAUCUCAAUUGAAUCUCUGUGAUUGCUCGCUAUUUUGUGGUAAGAGAACGAUUGUAAUAUUAAAUUUUGCAUCAAACCUCUGCUUUUUAUGAAAAGAUUAAAACUAUACCUUAAAAUAAAUUAAGUAUAUAAUUGUUUGACAAUGAAUUUAGUAUUGUUUCAAUUGACCGAAAAGAACGUCUGUCGUCUGCGUGAAGAGAUACUGUGUAGAUUGUAGCGUUGUCUUUUAGAAAACAUUGUAAUUAGCGCUCCUACAGUCCAGAGACAAGAUCUUCCAUCGAAUGUCCUUGGACAAUAUCACACCUGUAGUCUUAGGAAGGUAUUGGUAAUUUGUAUAGCGCGUUUAUCGCAAUAGAUGGCGACACUGAUGUCUCUCUAGCGCCCUCACAGAAAAAUACCCUCAAAUGGCGGUAUCUCCUUGCUAUCACAACGAAAGUGAACAAAGAAUCCACAGCCUAGUGCAUUCUGAUCUUGGAUUCAAUUGAGAGGUAUUAAAA